GAGGAGCGGAAGUGUCGGCAUUGACCUACUUCCGGUCUAUUCCCAGCUGAUUUUACCAAACAUUGGAUCUUUCAUGUCAUGUUUAUUGAAGCCGGAGAUAAAGGUGGCAGUGGUGGAGAUAUUUGUUUACCAAUAAUAUCAUCAACAUAAACAACAAUAGCAGCCAGAGUAUGUCGUCGUCGUCUCCAAGUUGUGAAAGCUCAAUGUCGACUGACGACAAGAAACAACAACAUCUGAGACUGGCUGGCGUUGUGAAAAGUGUCCACGCCGACCUCAGAAAGAAAUACAGAGAAACUGGAGGAGAUUUCCAGAAGAUUUGGGAAGAACACUGCAAGAAUGGUCAACUUUUAACUGAUUAUGCUGAUGCUAUGCACCACUUAGCCGUUGACCACUGGUCUUACCUACCUCAGACACGUAUUACAUGGUGUCGGGAUAUUAUCCACAAAUUCUUUCUACAAGAUGGCUUGCAAAAGGCUCGGGACAAAGAUAUGCGUCGACUACGCCACCAUCAGACGGAACAAAAUUCUCCUUUAGAAGGCUGUGUUGAGAAGACUUCCUCUGCAUCAGGAUCGCUUGUUGCUUCAGGAUCUGUUUGUAGACCCGAAGAUUAUAGGAAUCAGAAACAAAAUAUUGUGAUGUUGGAUUCCCUUAGCAAGAUCCGUUUAUUGGAUGUUGGUAGCUGCUUCAACCCAUUCUUACAGUUUGAAGAAUUCUUGGCUGUUGGCAUUGAUAUUUCUCCAGCAAAAUCUAGUGUUUAUCGAUGUGAUUUCCUCCACUUAGAGACCCAGGAACCUCUGCAAGUGGCACCUGACACACUAGAAACCCUUUUAAACAACCUGAAGAGCCCUGUCCAGAAACUUCCUCAAUGUUCCUUCCAUGUGGUUGUCUUCUCUUUAUUACUGGAAUAUUUCCCAUCUCCGUACCAACGCUGGCUUUGCUGUCUCAAGGCCCACAAGCUGCUCAUGAUUGACGGUCUGCUGUUAAUUGUUUCACCAGAUUCUCAUCAGCAACAUAGAAAUGCCCACAUGAUGAAGAGUUGGAAGAAAGCAAUCGAAGCGAUGGGUUUCAGUCGAUGGCAUUACACAAAACUGGAGCACCUGCACUGCAUGGCCUUCCGCAAGCUUUAUAACAUGCAGGACGAAAUAAGUUUGAUUGCAGGUGAUAUUUACCCUGACAUGAUGUACAUUCCACAAGAUUCAAACGACAGGGAAUCAGACUUCCAAGACAACCUCAUACAAAGUAUUUUCGAUGUUGAUAACAAAGAAUUUUUUGAAAGAACCAGGAGCGAAUUACCCAAUGAAUUUUCUGAUGAAGAAGACAGCCCUUGAAAAGUCUUCGGUUAAUUAAUCAAUUUCCUGAUGCUGUGAUUUUUUUAUUCUUUUAUUAAUUACUUAAUUUUCAUUUUUUUUUUGUAACUGUUUUGCAUCCAUUUUGUCCAAACUAGAAUGGAUGGAAUGCUUUUUGAAAAUUUCUAUCUUUACCAGAUAGUGGCUCAUGUUUUUAUUCCAUUAUAAUCCCAGAGUCUGCUAAACCAUUCUUAAAAGAGGUGUGGAAUCUAUUGUCCACCAAAUCUCACUGAAGCAAGUAAAAUAUUGGCUUUAAAAAUAUCUGAAUCGAAUCCCAUGUGAUGUCCAGUAGGUUAAACCCCAUAUCUUUUAAAUCCUCCUGAUAACUCUGCAACAUAGGGCAAAUAAAAAAAGGGUUGGGGCUUCAUAUACUUAAAUUAAUUGAAAACUUUAAAAGCUAAUUGUGGCUGACUUUUUAGUUAAUCGCUGUCCAUCGGUUGUUCACUGAUGUGGAAACAACAGACUCAAACUAACAACAACAGCAACAACAA